CAGUUUACAGUGGAAAGUUUCAAAAGACAGUCGUGAAACGCGGGUGAAUAUUGGUAGGAAACAGUUAAUAUCAAAGAAACUUUCCUUAACUUAAUAUAUAUGUACUUAUGAAAGCCGAUUUUCAAUUUCGUUUUCGAAAUCAUUCAAUUCCAAAUAAAUAAGGAAAAUAGAGAUAUAUUGAUUUAAAAUUUAUAGGCAUUAUAACUGUAUUGAAAAGAUUAUCAUACCAAAUUUGGAAAAGAUUUCUCGUUUGUUUUAUUGUUGAUGGCUGCAACCAAAAUUAUCGAUGCUCCUCGAAAUGGCCACGAGAUGGCGCCAUUGAAUACACGAGCACGUGGCGAUGGUACUCAUGGAGUUACAAUUGUUCUUACUGCCUCUCAACGCAAUUCGGUGAGCUCGGUGGAGAUACCGGGUGAGCCCGAUCGUGCAGCAUGGUCUGGUAAAAUGCAGUUCUUCCUCAGCAUUAUUGGAUAUUCUGUGGGCUUAGGAAACAUUUGGCGAUUUCCCUAUCUAUGCCAACAGAAUGGCGGGGGAGCAUUUUUAAUACCGUUUAUGGUGAUGUUAAUAUUGGAAGGUGUGCCGCUCUUUUUGAUUGAACUCGGCAUUGGUCAACGAAUGCGACUUGGAGCACUUGGUGUGUGGAACACGAUACAUCCAUGGUUGGGUGGUAUUGGGAUAUCAUCUUGUAUCGUAACACUUUUCGUAGCCCUGUAUUAUAACGUAAUAAUCACUUGGGUAUUCUUUUACCUAUUCAACAGUUUUCGCUAUCCUUUACCGUGGGCUUCCUGUCCUACGAAUGGCACAGUGGAGGUGGAAGAAUGUGCACGCUCUUCAGAGACUGCAUACUUUUGGUAUCGCACCACAUUAGAUGCUGCACCCUCAAUGGAUGAACCAGGUGGCCUCAAAUGGUGGAUAGUCCUCUGUUUAUUCCUUUCAUGGACAAUCGUAUUCUUUAUCGUUAUGAAGGGCAUUCAAAGCUCCGGAAAAGUAGUAUAUUUCACAUCGCUUUUCCCAUACAUUGUAUUGACGAUCUUCUUCAUACGUGGAAUUACAUUGCGAGGUGCCAGCGCUGGUCUGAUUCAUAUGUACACACCUAAAGUGGAGAAAUUAGCCGACCCGACGGUUUGGCUGGAUGCUGCCACGCAGGUUUUCUACUCUUUCGGCUUGGCAUUUGGUUCCCUGAUCGCGUUCGGAAGUUACAACCCGCCCAAAAAUAACUGUGUUCGUGAUGUCCUAUUGGUAUCCGUUUGUAAUGCCAUCACGGCCAUAUACGCCAGCGUUGUGAUCUUCGCUAUUCUGGGAUUCAAGGCCACGGUCAAUGUUGACCGUUGCAUCGAUCUAAAUAAGGAUAUCUUAACCAAGCAUGGCCUUCUUCAGUUUAAAAACGCAACCAUGGAAGAAUACGAAAGUGUUUUAAUGAAAAUUGACAAAUCGGAGUUGGUCAGCUUAGAACUUGAAGAGUGCAGCCUUUCAAAACAACUGGAUAAUGCGGCGGAAGGUACAGGACUUGCGUUUAUUGUUAUAACUCAAGCAAUUGUGGAAUUGCCCGGGGCGCCUUUCUGGGCAGUGCUUUUCUUCACAAUGUUGCUUUCACUGGGAUUGGGAUCUCAAAUUGGCAUACUGGAGGGAAUGCUAUGCACGCUUUUUGAUAUUGAUAUAAUUAAGCGGGUUAAAAAACAACAUGUGACUGGAGUAGUGUGCCUCUUCUGCUUCAGUGUUGGUUUCAUCUUCUGCACAGGUGCUGGAGAAUAUUGGCUGAAAAUGUUCGACUCUUUUGCAGGCACGAUUGGCUUAGUUGUGGUCGCCUUAAUGGAAACAAUUGCCGUGGUAUACGUAUACGGACAUGAAAGGUUCACGGAGGAUAUCUAUCAAAUGACUGGAUACCGACCUGGACUCUACUGGCAAUUAACCUGGCGAUAUAUUGGACCAGUCAUUAUGUCAGCCAUUCUUGUUUCAUCUGUUGUGUUCAUGGUGAUCAGGAAUCCUACUUAUGGUGCCUGGAAUGCACAACUUGGUGCUGUACAACAAUCGAAUUACCCUCCCUGGGUGAUGGGUAUCGCGUUAGCUAUGAUACUUGCAGGUGUGCUACCAAUGCCCAUUGUAUUUUUGAUGCGUAGCUUCCAGUGUCUGAAGGUUGAUCUAGACAUUCACCAGGGUUCAAUAAGAAGAAAUGAAACUACGGCAUCAACGAAAGAAAUGAUUGAUAAUGACGACGAUGAGAAUGAUGAAGAUGAUUACAGUGGUCCCGCUUUGGGUGGUUUGGUCAGGACAAGAAGCGACUUCUCUGACGAUGAUGACGAGGAUGACCAGCCCGUAACUAUGCGAAGCUCUCAUCUCCGCCUAAACUUGACUGCCCCGAAUCGUCUUAAUGUGCCAACAAGUAAACGAUCCUUUAAAAUGGAAGUUUUCGAUUUGUAAAAUACUUACGUUUGGAUGUAUUGUAAUUAGUAAUUAAGAUGGUACGCAAGAUAGUUAAUAUUCAUAUUUAAAUUCAUAUUUCAAUUUUGUCAGAAUUUUUCUAUCAUCCUGGUAAUGCAUGCGCACUUACAACGCGUACAUAUGUAUGAAUAUGUAAAUAGAAAGCCAACCAACACAUAUGUAUCAUAUAUUAUAUUUUAAAAAAUUAUAUUUGUAUUAUUGGCUGAUAAUAUGAUAUGUAAUAACAUUAAGCAAAUCUUUUGAAUUAUGUAUGUCUAAAAACGAAAAACAAAAGCACAAACGUAAUCAAAAUGAAUCAGAGUAACAAAUGUAAAUUUGUGAUGCGUUCAAUUAUGUACUUAUUACGCUACACUCAUAAGUGAAUGUCGAAAGAAGCAUUGAAAUGUGGAGAAUUUUGAAUUUGAUAGUCAAAGUAAAAAAUAGGCAAGCUGGGUGCUCUUCAGUGUUUCAAAAUUGUGGAAUGGACCGAAAAUAAAUCACAUGUGUGAACGAGCGAUCUUUGCUUCGUGUAUUUUAUUCUUAUAAAAUAGGUCAUCUAAAACUGAAAAUGCAUACAUGGCAAGAAAUCCCUUUAAUGUCAGCGGGUGACAACAGUACUGCAGUUUUAAAUGAAUGCUUUUCAAAAGAAUCCUUUCCAAGCCAUGGAGCGAUCAGACGUGCGACUUUGUAACAUUUUGAAAUAUGGUUGUACUAUUUCUUGUGAAAUCAGGGAAGAGAAACCUGAACAAUUAAGCUAUUCUCUGAACUCAAUAUGCACAGAUGAACGUACGAGUAUAAACUGAAUAUUUUAGUUUAGAAAUCAAGUAUUUAUAUUCAGAAGUUUCGAAAUUGUCUCUUGCCAUAAAAUUUAGUGUUAAGAAAGAGUUACUGAAUCAUUAAGUCCUUACUGCAGUAUUCAUUUAUUUAAACAGCAAUAGUAUAACUAAGAAGUACAAAUAUAACAAAUUGUUGCUUCUGCAAUUAUUAGAAUAACAAAAAAUCGAAGGCAACCUCGUUUCGAAUUUGAGACGAGCUCGAGGAGUGAAUUUAGAUUCGAAUAUGAAACAAGCUCAGUAAAAUCAGUUUUUUUGCCUCGUCUAUAAGACAAAAUUUCUUUCGACAAUAUUUAAAAACAAAAAAAUAAAACAUAUACAAUUUCUUUCCAUUUUAUUAUAUAAAAUGUUCUUGAAUCAUUCACAAUUUUGGAAAAAGCGAUUUUUUUAUGUUUAUUAAACAUAAACUCUUUUUCCUGCCAGUAUUCGGUCUUUGAAAUUUUAAUAUUAUAUUUCAAAUAUCUCAUCCGUAAUUUUCAUUUAUAAUGGCAUACUGUAAUGAUUUUUAUAUAAUUUUUAUCUUUUUCAGUGUUUAUCACGAGACGCUAGUUUUGUUUGCAUUAUCUUAAACUGAGUUGUCUUCUAAAAGCAAAUAAAAAGGAAUAUAAGGUACAAAGCGUCCUUAAAAUCCAAUAUCAUUUUCCUCAGAUUCUUAAUUGAGUUCUCAUGAAUAAAAACGUGUUAAAUAUACAGCUUUAUAUAAAGAGAUGCAUAUAUCCAUGUGUAAGGAUGUUAGCAGCAGUAAAUUAAUUACAAAAAUAAAUUACAAAAGUAACUAACUGUCUGCAAAAGUAUUAUUUUGCAUUAAAAAUAUUAAUUUUUAGAAAUCAGCACAAGAUAAUAUUGUAAUUUAGUAUAAGCUGAAGUUGUACUAUACUAUGUGAUGAUUUUUAACUGAUACUAACUGUGGUCCAAAAAUAGUUUAUAUUUAUUUUUAAAUAAAUGCCAAGGAUCAUAAAAUAUUUGAUUGAAAUGCACUUAUAACCAUCAUUGUUCCUCUUACUUUAUUGCACUGCCUUAUGCAGUACUGAUCAAAUAUAUUAUUUAGAUUAUUUUACCUGCAAUGUUAUUAGUGAGUUGAUUGAACUCCAAAUACACACACAUACUUAUAUACAUUCAUAUAUGUUACUCUUAAAAAUAAACACUCAAAACCAAAGAGAAUGUGAAAUUAAAAAAAAAAGUACCUUUCAAUAGCAAAAACCAAAACAACAUGCACAUACUUACAUGCAUACAUGAAAUUGUAGUUAAUUGCAAUAGGUGAACGCCAGUAAUCGAUCUCAAAAGAACUGGAAAUUUCAGAUAAUAAAUAUGUGCAAAUCUAUCCAAACAAAUUUGAAUAAAAAUUCAUAUAUCCUCUCAUAUUUGUAUAUGAUCUACAUUCAUACAUGUACACGUAUAUACAUACAUAUUCCUUUAACACAGCUACAAAGAAAACUAUAUCAUUAACACACAUUAGUAUCCUAGCAUAUUCGAAUAUCAAAAUAAUAUUACAGAGUUCAACACAUACAAUCGCAACAAUAAAAGGAUUCAUUAAAUAUCAAACUGUGACCAAUGAGGUGCGAAAUUGUUAAUUAAUGCCCUUAUUAAUAUAUCUAUUUAGUUUAAUCUUAGAGUCAGUCAAGCUUAAAUAAACCUAUUAAUCAAA